AGAGAGCUCCGCGAACGGACUACCGCUGUGAGGAGCUUGAUAUGGACCACUGAUAAUGUGGUUUCGCCCAGUCUCUUACUGAAAAAUGCAUCCUUAUAUAUUUGUCUAGAUGUUCCAAGUGUCAGGCUGGGACGGGUCCAAAAGUACUACCCAGUUGACUAUUUAUGGACUGGUGAUAUGAAGAGGAUACAGCAGGCACUAUGUACUCUGUCGACUGGUGUGUUGAGAAGAUUGCUUGUGUGUUCUGUGGGAAUGGCAGCAGCUGCAGUGCCAGUUAGCCGGGUCACAUGGUCACAGUACCAAACUCUCUACAACCAGCUGAGGUGCCAAAGGUGGACAACUCAAGGAAGGAGAUGUUUUAUUUCCACAUCAUCAGUGUGGGCUACAGGCGAGGACUUCAUCGUGGACAGCAUUGAUGACGAGGACAAGUAUGUUUGUGAGAUCAGUAACAUUGCUGACAGUGGCCACCAAGUGUUGGUGGUGCAGCCAGGGAAAACCAGCCUGAUCAAGGCACUGACAGCCGACAGACAGCUGGAGCCGAGGGACCAGUUGUUUGCCACUCUAGAUGUGACAGCCCAUGGAGGAACUCUGCCCAACAUGAUGUCUGUCCUCUUCAUUGAUACAGUAGGCUUCAUAGCAGACAUUCCUGUCAUGCUCACUGAGGCUUUUGCAGCAACAUUGGAGGAUGCUGUUCUGGCUUCAAGUGGGACACCACCUGUCAGUGUCGGCCUCAACUGGACAGAAUCUUGACGUGUUACAAGGUAGACUACAGGCCCAGCUGCUCACUGUCACCAAGAGGCUGGAGAGGACAUUCAGAUUGCCUAUGAGUGCCUCUCAGCAUCUCAGCUGGCUGUACAAGAAUGCAACAGUGACGGAGGCUCAUCCCGACUCAGAUAUCAAUUACAUCCUUGUAGACGUCAUCAUCACUGAAGCAGCUUAUGGCAAGUUUAAGGCAAUGUUUGUCAAGCACUAACGUGGUCUUAACUGUAACAAUGUACAUACUUAAGUCAUUAUAAAUCUCUUUCCAGACAA